UCCACACACUCCCAGCGAGCUGUCAGUGAGGAUCGCCGCCGCCGCUCAGCUGCACCGUCUCCGCGUCUCUUUGCGCACCGCGUCUCUUUCUGCUCCGCGCGUCCAGCUGUGCGCACAUCUGAGCACCCGCACCGGCACCGGGAAACGGAACUGCUGGGAUAAAAGAAAAAGGAAACACACCGGGUCGAGCGAGGAGGGAAAUAGGAAUAUGUCUACGGAAGCGAUGGAGAGGCUGAAUCUGUCCGAGGACCAGGUCAAAUUGUUGGAGGAGAAUUUCAGACUGACCAAGGAUCCGCAGGGCGCGACGCUCAUGAUGAUCGCAGCGGAGUGCGGACUCUCAGACACUGACGCGAAGAUAUGGUUCAGGCUACGUUACGCACAGUGGAGGAAGGCGGAGGGUCUUCCAGCCGAACGGGGAAAGGUGUUUGACUGAGAUCCUUUUCCCGACCAUCUCCUGGAGGUCCUCGACGACCUUGUAUCUCCUGGACGAACUGACCUCCCCUUUCCUCUUCGUUCACUCAUCUCUUCGUCUCUUAUUUGUAUCUAUGAAGCUAUUUUACGUUGCAGAAUGUGAAGGUGUUUGUGUGCUGUUGCCAAUAUAACCGCCAUGUUUACAGAAAUAAACAUAUCGUUAUUGUGAAAUAAA